AUGAAUGAUCUUCGGGGAUGCUAUCUCUUGGCAGCGGCAGCCCUGACGUUGCUCCUCGGGACCAGAGCUGUCCCUCUCCCGGAUUCCUCCGGGGAAGAGGAACUUGCUGAUCCCUCGGACUCGCUUGCCAGAAGCCCCUUGCUGCCCGAUUGCGAGUCCCUGGCGUGGCUGCUGCACAGCAAAGCGGUCAAGCUGAAGGACGAGAUGUGUGAGAAAUUUACUGUGUGUGACAACAGUAUGGAGAUGCUUGCCCAAAACAAUCUGAACCUCCCCAAGAUCACAGAGGAAGAUGGAUGUCUACUCUCUGGAUUCAAUGAGGAAAAAUGCUUGAGAGGAAUCUCCAGUGGACUUUUUACAUUUCAGACAUACCUGGAAUAUGUACGAGAAACGUUUAUUAGUGAAAAGCAAAAAGUGGAAUCCAUAUGUUAUGGUACAAAGCAUCUGGCAAAUACUGUGAGGCAGAUGGUGAAAAAUCCUGAUGCAGUGAUCAUGCCAGACCCAGCUACCCAGAGCACACUUUUUGCAAAACUGAAGUCAAAUAAAAAAUGGAUAGAGAAAAUCAGCACCCAUCUCAUCCUCCGGGACUUUACUUCAUUCAUGGAGAAAACUGUGAGGGCUGUUCGAUAUCUGAAAAACACCAGGAAUCUCAGUGUUUGA